AUGGAUGAAUACGACUUGCGAGGGCUGUUGGAAUCAUUGACGGAGCUUAAGUCAAAUUUUGUUGUGGCACACACCAGUUUGGAGGAUUUGGAUUUCGAGUCAAUGUCCAGUGAAAUUCCUGCCAAAUUCGACUCGUCGAUAUUGUCGUUGAGGACCAUUCUUCGGCGCGAGCUUGGAAGUCGCUCGAGCAAUAAGCAUUGUUCCACAUUCAACGCCAACUCUAGUGAAUCGCAGUCAAUCGUCAUAAUGUCUAAUCGAUCUCGGUUACCUCAUCUGGAGCUGCCCAAAUUCAGUGGAAUUUAUACGGAGUGGGCCAAUUUCUUCUUAAUGUUCACCGCGAUUAUUGACAAGGAGUCUGAGCUGAGCCCUAUCGAAAAACUGCAGCAUCUACGUUCCUGCUUGAGUGGCGCAGCCCUGAAUACCAUCAGCUCGUUGGAAAUAAAUGAAGCUAAUUAUAUCAUAGCAUUAGACAUUCUGAAGCGACGCUUUGAUAAUAAACGUUUUAUUUUGCAGGCACACAUCAGAGGGAUAUUUGGGUUGGAGAAGGCUGACGCAUCGGUGGGCAGAUUGAGGGAAUUGACCGACAGAGUUACAUCGCAUAUUCGUGCUAUGGAGUCGCUUGCAAGCAAGGAAGAAGUGGCGGACUGCAUUAUCGUGCAGACUGUUCUUCAGAAGCUGGACAAAGCCUCUCAAAAUAGAUGGUAG